AUGUCUUCUUACGGCUACCAUUUGAUAGCUUCAAGUGCUGCUGCAGUGGUAGCCAGAGUGUGCACCCAUCCACUGGACACAAUCAAGACUCGUUUACAGGUAGCCAACGAGCCGAUUCACUUUCGAGCAUUACCAGAAACAUAUGCAAAGAUCAUUCGAACAAGCUCUUUGGCAUCACUUUACCGAGGACUUCCAGUAGCUCUCGUAUUUUCUGUCCCGGCACUGUCUAUCUAUUUGUCGUGCUACGAUUUCAGCAGUCUGUACUUGGAUAGAAAUACUUCGAUUAGUCGAGACUACACCCCCAACCAUUUACUUAGCGGCCUAGUAGCUGAAGUUUUCGCCGGCCUUGCUUUCACGCCUAUGGAAGUAUUGAAGAAUCAAAUGCAAACAGCUAGACGUUCGGUUUCCACAAACGCAUUGGCUUCGAAAAUUUGGCGAGAAGAAGGUCUAAGUGGGUUCUACCGAGGCUAUCUUAUGGGACUGGCGGUUUUUGUCCCAUAUACCAUGACCUACUUUGCUGUGUACGAAAAACUCAAAGCUUACGUGGCUGACGGCACUCAGCAACUUCCAGGCAAAAGCACAGAUACACUUGUAUCCCAAUUACCCUUCAUGACCUACGUGGUAUGUUCCAGUAUCGCAUGCGCUAUUGGGAUUACGAUCUCUACGCCUCUGGAUAUUGUCAAAACACGAUGGCAAGUAUCAUCUACAGAAGAAGGUACAUCUUAUAAGCGAGGACCGAUGCAUAUAAUACAGGACAUGUGGAGGCAAGGAGGCAGUCGAGCUUUCACAAGAGGGCUUCUUACUCGCAUCUGCUGGGGAAUACCAUCGACUGCCAUCAGUAUGACAAUUUAUGAAAGCAUUAAAGACUGGUAUGCCAGUGACCAAUAG